AUGAGAAAAUUUUUGACUGAGGAAAUAGCGGAUCUGCUUGAAUGUCCUCCUACUCUCUAUCAAUUGGCUUUAUACCAAGCUGGGAGGGUGAAAGAAAUUCCAGAUGGAAGAGUUUAGGUGGUGAAGGCACUUGGUAUUGGAAUUAUCGCAGAACAAUUAAAAUACGAAAAGCCCCAGAAUUUUUCAGAUCCCAAUGAUGAAUAAGCAUAUCACAAAUCAAUAAAAAUAGCAUUGGUAUUUAUCGAGCACCUUCAAAGAUGCUUGCAUCACAAAAAGAUUAUUGUGAAGGAUAGUUCUUUGAACUAUGAAAGGUAAAGCAUAAUGGGAGACUUGCCAAAUAGGUCUUGA